AUGGUCUACCACCUCUAUACCAUCUACCUCUUUGCUCGGAGCGACUUCAAAACAAUUGUAGUUCCUAGCACUCUCUUUGGCGUGAUAAACUCUCUCGCCACGAGAGCUUAUGGACUCGAUGAUAGUUCCCCUAUCACAUUUUCUUUACUCCUCAGCCGCCUCACUCAAUCUCUCUUCUGGGUCUGUCUUGUUUUUAUUCCAUUCGCGAUUAAUAACCAACGCAACCCCUCCGCGAUUGCGGAGGACAAAAUUAAUAAGCCAUGGCGGCCGCUUCCUCAGAAUCGCCUUUCCCCCUUCCAAGCCAAAUGCAUUAUGUAUUUCCUCGCUGCCCUCGUCCCUAUACACGGCUACGUCUGCAAUGGAAUUGGCUUUCGUCAGUCCUUAUUCCUCCGUGCUCUUGAUAUAUGGUACAAUAAUAUUGGCGGCGGGGAUAAUAGCCCUAUCCUGCGAAAUCUGAUUAAUGCCCUUGGGUACCUCUGUUUUACAACCGGAGCACUAGAAAUAGCGCUGGGCAAGCAACUCAGAUUUACCUUGGAAGCAGUUUCCAGCUAUUCUGGUGCCGAAAACCAUCUGAUUCAGUGGCUCCUUGUGAUCGCGGGAAUCAUUUUCACUACAGUGCACCUCCAAGACCUCUAUGAUCAGGUGGGCGAUGCAGCGCGUGACCGGCGUACUAUACCUCUGGUGAUUGGAGACGGGCCUACACGAUGGACAAUCGCAAUACCCAUGCUUGUGUGGGGAGUUAUAUGCCCUCGAUUCUGGGGCCUGGCGGGUGGACUCCUCUCUCUCAGUAUUGGACUUGCGUAUACCGUGGCAUUGAGAGUUUUGUUGGUGCGUGGCGGACAAAGCGAUCGAAUGACAUUUCGCCUCUGGAACUGCUGGAUCUCUACUAUCUAUGUUAUGCCUCUUUUUGUGCAGGAGUAA